GGGCUAUUGGAUGAUCUGUUACUAAAGUUGCUAGGCGCUGUUUGUUUUUGUACCUGGUUGAGUUGUACGAUACAAUAACGGAACUUUUUCAAAAGUUUGCUCAGCUUUGUAUCAACAAUAAUCUGCGGACUAGGAAACGCUUCACUUUAACACUGUUAUACUCGGUGGUGUAGAACCUGUUAAUGGAUAAUUCACACUUAUUUAAAAGUUCUUUAAAACAGUUAGCUAGCCACAUGACAGUGUGGCUAGCUAACUGGUAACCGGCUAACCCGAGGGCUUAUUACUGUCUGAAACUAGUUGUUUAUAUCAGUUUAUUUAAGUUUAUUGUCUUCGUUUGUUGUAACGCAGCACAAUGAGCGUUUUUGUAAUCUAUUCUUGCCUACUAAACCUGGCAAAUUAAUAAAAUUAAUUGUUUAGAAGGUGUUGCUAUUCCUCUGUAACUCUAAUGAUGGAGCAGUACCAUGUUUUGGAGCUGAUAGGCGAAGGCUCGUUUGGUCGAGUGAAAAAAGGUCGUCGAAAGUUUAGCGGCCAGGUUGUGGCUUUAAAGUUCAUCCCUAAAGUGGGUCGGUCUGAAAAAGAGCUCCGGAGCCUGAAGAGAGAGAUUGAGAUCAUGAGGGGACUCAAGCAUCCAAACAUAGUUCUGCUUUUGGACAGUUUUGAGACACAAACCGAGGUGGUAGUUGUCACUGAGUAUGCAGAAGGUGAAUUGUUUCAAAUCCUGGAAGAUGAUGGAUGUUUACCUGAGAGCCAGGUGCGAGAGAUAGCUUGCCAGCUGGUAUCGGCCCUGUAUUACUUGCACUCCCAUCGUAUAUUGCACCGCGACAUGAAACCACAGAACAUCCUUCUGGGCAAAGGGGGUGUGGUGAAGCUCUGUGACUUUGGAUUUGCCCGGGCUAUGAGUGUGUCUACGCUGGUGUUAACCUCCAUUAAGGGGACUCCUCUGUACAUGUCUCCGGAGUUGGUGGAAGAGAAACCCUACGACCACACAGCUGACCUCUGGUCUUUGGGCUGCAUUCUCUACGAGCUCCACACGGGGGCGCCGCCGUUCUACACCAACUCCAUCUUUCAUCUUGUGCACCUGAUUGUCAAGGACCCGGUCAAAUGGCCAGAAAAUAUGAGCCAGGGCUGCAUGAGUUUUCUGAAGGGUCUGUUGAAUAAAGACCCACAGAAGAGGCUGACCUGGCCUGGCCUGCUUCACCAUCCAUUUGUAGCAGAUGGAGUCUUAGUUUUACCAGACGAGGGAUCGUGCAAACCCCUGACCAUAAUGCCCACUGCAGACGUCCAAGCCAUGAAGCAGCAGCAGGUGGCAGAAAAAUCUGCACCUCGCUGCGGAAAGGGCAAAUUAAUGCACAGAGCCAGAGACCAGCAUGACAAAAAGCAGAAGAAAAAACAGGACCAGUUGAAGAUCGUGAAAGCGCUUGUUAACAACCAGCCUCGCACCAAAACUGCCCCGGCUGGAGAAGCCCCCACCAGCAACCAUUCAUUGGGCAGCACCUUUACAGUGUGUCGAAAUUCAGCUCAUUCACCAGCCAAUCAGCAUCAAGCCAAUGACAUUGGUGUUGCCAGUGCGAGUCCGGCUCCGUGCAAGGGCCAAAUCAGCAGGGACUUUGAGAGAGAGUUUCCUUCGGUGGAGGUCGGGCCAGGGAUUAUGGUCAGACGCUCCAGACCUGGUCACACCAACUUGGCUUCUGUUCGGAUGGACAGUGAUGAGCAAGAUGUUAACAGUGAUGAAGAGUGGCAGCGUUUGGCUGAAGUGACGGAUCACAUGUCUAUGCUUAUGGAUCCCCACAUCCAUCAGAAACUGAAGAACAAGCUCCUCAGAUGCAAGGAGCAGCUCCUCACUGGAAAGUUAGAAGAGCCUUCCACUAUGCUUCACCUCCUCAAGAUCCUCACUACCAUUAUCCUCACCCCUGAUGUCAGGAGAAUCAGCAAGGAGAUCGAUGUGCUUCAACUUUUAUUUAGUCUGAUUGAGGUGAUGCUUAACAGUCCUGAAGUAUUAAAGAAGCCGUGGAGCGAGAGGGUGCUGGCAGAGCUGACGGCUGUGCUUCUGCCGAUUUGGGAGAACCAGCCUGACUGGCAAAUGAAUGAGAAAAGAGCUAAGGAUUUGUGCCAGCUGUUGAUAUCAUUAUUACUCCAUCCAGACCUAAACGCUCUGGCACCACAUGCAGCUGCAGUCCUGAGUCUGUUUGUUCACUACGGAGUGUAUGUUAACAUCCACAUGGACAGACUUACGACACUUCUUGAGGGUCUACUGUCAGGACCAGAGGAGCCUCAUUACCCUUUGCCUCCUGGCUGGGGCAUGUGUGACGGUGUCUUGGCAUUAAUUCUUUAUUUUCUCAAUGAGAGUGAAAGCAGCGCUCUGUAUGAUUCUUUGAACUCCGAGGUUUGGUGUCACUUGUGGUCUAAAGUUGGCACUAUUCUUGAAAGCACAGAAGCCAAAUCUGAUUUUCUUUCAGUUGAUGGUCUCUCGGUCCUUCUAUCCAUCACUCUGUUUGCUUUUUCCAAUGAGCCUCACGACUGCCUUUCCCUGUUUUUUGACGACGACAAAAAACUUAUCCGCAUCCUCGUUCGUCUCUUGACUACAGAUAGCAGCUCAGCACCACUUAAAAGGGGUCUCCUGUGGGGUGGCUCUGAUAUGAAUAGUCUAGCCGUGAUGAGCUGCCAGUUGCUGCGCUUUCCGUUUGCUGUGGAGCUGCCCCAGGAGAAAAUGGAGAAAAUUCUCCACUCGUAUCAAAGCCUGAAUAUAGUGGAAGGCUUAGUUCAGAUGAUUCAACUCCAAUCCCCUGCUCUCUUAGAGCUUCCUCUUUCUCUCUUGCGCCGUCUUUGCCUUUUCUCCCCUAAGCACGCAGUUCCAAGCUUCACCACAGCAUCCCAGGACUGUGGGUUUCUUCCCCAAUGUCUAUCAUCAGACCAAACCCUAAAUAACCUUAACCAGUCUGAGAAUGUAGCAGAACAGCCUAGACUUAUUGGCACUCCUCAUAAAAAACAGUUAGAAAUGGGCAGAAUUGAUUGGGAUCACUCUAAGAGAACAAAAGACAUAACAAGAGUCAGUAUAAAUAAAAGUAAUAACACAAGGGAUUCUCCUAAUGUGCACUCCCAGCUAUCCAAAACCAAGUCUGCAAAGGUGAGGGGAAAAGACUUUAAUUCAAAGAUCAAACAAGACAUAAAAACUCUCAGCAUAGAACACCUUCAAGAUUGUAUAGAGCAGCACGAUGAAGGUGUGGAGGAGCUUCUAGACAGCCUGGAGUUUCACAAAGGCUUCUCAGACCAUCUCAGACAUCCCACAGCACGGCACAAGAGCAACAAAAGCUGGUUUAUUGACAGUUUAGAGCAGCCCAAAAACAGCGUACCUCCCACUAAUGUAAUUAAGGGCUGUUCUAAUGCAUCAGAUGUCAAAGGUCAAUCUCCUGAUAUUAGGACAGCAAGUUCUCUUUUGUGUAUGCUGCUGCAGAAUGAAUCCCUGUUUGGGUGUGCAGUGCAGCUUCUGUCUCUGCUGUGUCAGGCUUGUGCACCUGGCUCUGCCUUUUCUGCUGUGCCUGUGGACCCGGUUGUGCUCCGAGCUGCCGUACUCCACCAUGAUGAUGGGGUCCGAGCUGCUGGCUGCAACCUCUUGGCUUGCCUAGAACCAGAUUUCAGACAGACCUCCUCCAAAGUAAAUGCAGGACCAAACUGGACCAUCGAGCCAGCAGUGUUCAAGGACUUGCUAAGCCGCUUGUCUGAUUCUGCACCUUCUGUACGUAGGAGUGCAUGUAGGGCUGCAGUAAAGUGGCUAGGCAUGAUGAAAAAGACUGAAGUCACAUCGAAGGGGAACCAGCAUUUACAGGGGACUGAAUGCAGAAGGAGAACCAUCAGCCCUCUAGCUGUAACAGGCAGAGGAAGAAUGAGGCCAAGGGUUGAGGGUAUCAGACAACAGAUAAAUGCCGGCUCUGACUGUCCUUUAGGUUCUACAGGUACUUCUAUGGCAGGGGAGGAGUGGCUCAAUGUCGCCAUGGGAGCAGCUUCUCCAGCAGUUUCUCUCCUCUCAGAUUCUGAUGCCAUCAUUCGACAUCAAGUCUGCAUCAUCCUAGAGAGCAUGGCCGCCAUUACAGGAGGUGAAAGAGCACUGAUAAGCGUGGAUGCUCCCCGUCAACUCCACUGCCUCGUCCGCACUGACUCCCAUCAUGCAGUGCGGCGGCAAGCCUUGGCGGCCCUGUGUGCGUUUAGACAACAGGACUCAUUGUAGCAGGCUCUGAAAUCCAUUGAAGCUGAGCUUAAACUCCACCACAUAUCCCAGCCUUCACUUCAGAGCAAUUACAGACGGAUGGGUCAAGCAGAGGGGAAACAUAAUGUAGAAUCAACACCAAGAUAAAAAAAAAAGUGCAGUUAUUAUAAUGCUAGUAAUUAUCAGCAUGUCAUUGAGUUAUUUUUUGGCUGCCAGGCAGUUGUUAUUCUUAACUACCAUAUUGUCAAUUAUUAAACCUGUACAGUUUGUUUGUUUGCUUGUUUUUUAUGGAACGGUGGCUUUGAACUUUGACAAAGAUUAAAGCCUGAAACCUAAGCAAUCCCAACUUCAAUGUGAUUUGGACUGAGACUAGCCUGAUGCUGUGCCUGCACAACCUACAUGUAUGAUAGAAAUGAACAGUUUUGUACAAUUCUGUAGAAUGUUUGUAUUUAUAGUAAGUAAACACUAAGGAUGCUCUGCUUUAAAUGACAUUGAUUUAAGAAAAAAAAAGGGGGCAUUAUUUUUCAGACCUGCUUGUCCAAUAGACUCUAAUUUUUAUUUGUCUUUUAAUGAUAUUGGAAUCAUUUUUUAUAGACAGUUUUACUUGCAGUAAAUUGCAGAUGUCCUGGAAGUUGUUGUAACCUCACGAACAUUGAAUAAAUUAUAUUUGGACAAAA